CAUAUAAUAGCUGAUAGAACAUUUAGUUUCCGCAUAUGUAUUUCUUGCGUAAGCAAAAAUGCACGAUUCUCCCUUCUCGCUCAACCAAUAUGCUCACACCGACCUAUAAACAAAGACUCGCUGCCCACAAAGAACUCUACGAUUUUGCCAUCACUUCGCAUCGUAAUGGUGACACUUAUUGUACUCACGUCUUCCGCGAUUUGAUAAAGAGUUUGAAAGAGGUUUUCGAUAAACCGUUUAUCCGUGUAUACGUUCACCACGUUCAAGGCCUCCCUAAAAGAACUGCUAUGCAGCAACUCAUGGACAGAGGUUUCAAGGUACUCUUCCAUAAACCUUUAUGGACAUUCGGUAGUUACGAAACCGAGUUGAAUGUUUCGUAUUUGGACAACAUGUGGGUUGUCACCGACUCAUAUGGUGUACAUCACGAGUAUUCCCGCCCUUUGCUGAACAACGACAGUGUUUGGACGGCAGAACACCUGUAUGAAUUGCACCGCCAUUUUGCUCGGUUUACUUCGAAGGACCAGGCCAGAAGGAACAAAAAAAUAGAAAAAAAACGAAAGCAAGACAUCACCCGCAGAAGGCAAGAGGUGAUUGAUAGACUUAAGAGAGAGGGAAAGUGGGGAAAAUUUCCCUAUGACAACCUUAGUGAGAUACAGCCUUGGUAAUAAAAAGAAUAUAUCUUUUUUUUUAAAUUUGAU